AAAAAAAGAUGAUAUUGACGAAAGGAGAACGGAAUCUGAAUUGUUACUAGAAAAUUCUAACGAUAAAACUGCUUUGUACGAACAUUUAGAAAAGAUUGAAUAUCAACGUUAUGUUUCUGCAUCUAAAUUGUUGGAAAAAAUGGAAAACGAGCUAACGGACAAAAAGAAUGAAGUAAACAACGCAUGCGAAUAUUUUAAAGACGGAAUUGAAAAAUGGAAGCUACAAAAAAUCAGCGAUGCACAAAUAGAAAUGUUAAAAGCAGUUUUUAUCAACAUUAUUGAAACUAUAGAAAAGACAUCUAUUUCGGUUCAAGAUGCUCUAAAUGCUGCUGAUAAAGUGAAAGAAUUUGCUAAUGAUAACAAAGAUAUAAAUGAAAAAAUUGAAGAAAUUAAACAAUUGACGAAAAUUUACAAACCAAUUAUAAUAUCGCUAAACCUUAAAGAAGAAGAUCAUAAAGGAAUAAAAAUGAAACCUAUUGAGGAAGGAAUUGAAGGUGCAAAUGACUAUAAAGAUUCAUUAAAAAAUUUAUUUAAUUAUAUUAACGCAUACAUUAAAGCAAAUAAUGAGAAAGUAAAAAGUUAUAAAGAAUAUUCACGAAUUAAAUUGCAAGUAAAAAUGUUUAAAGGAAAAGAAGAGAGACUCAAUAGGAGGAUUGAAGAUUAUAAGUUGAAAAAAGAUCAAUGUGACGAAUACGCAUUUUCACUACUGGAGUGCUUUAUUAAUAUUAAAUGUUGGAUGUUAACAUAUCUAGAAAAUUAUAGAUGUGCAUACAAAUAUUGGUCUCUUUCUGAAUCCGAAGUUAUGCUUUCUGCUAAAAAAACUACCGCAAAGCACAUAGAAGACAAUAUUAAAAUUCGUCAAGAAUUAGAAAGUAAAUACCAUGAAUUUGGAGGUCCACCUCAAAAUUCGGAGCAUACAAUUCGUCUUCCUGCAAAUUAUACCAAAAAAUUUAAGAGAGAUAAAUUUAUUACCUACGAGAUUCCAUUAGAUUACUCAGAAUUUCGGCGAUUUGAGCGUGUUCGACUCGUUAAUUUCGGUGUAUUUUUGAAUGGUGUUGGUUCUAAUAAUGAUGAAAUCUCUCUUUAUAUUAGCAAUACAAGUAUGUUUAGUGAUAAAUAUAAAGGGAAACAUUAUCAUUUUAGGCUGGAAUCUGUAAAAGGUCAAGGGUUUAGGUAUAGAGUAUCAAAUAAAAAAAUAUUACAAAAUGUGUCAUUUGAAUCAGAUAUAUAUGUUGUCCCAACGCCAUUUAGCCAAUGGACUAUUAAGCUUGAUGAAUGCAAAAUUGAUGAAUCUAUGGUGGAUCC